AUGCGCGAGUUGCACGGAUCAUUUCUGACCACCAACACAAACGCUUUGGUCAAUGCACACAAGUCCAAGAUCUUCCAUCACGGUGGGCGGGACGGUAUGCCCAUGACCAGCAACGAGGACGGUAAUUCGGCCAUCGGACCCUUUGAUACCACAGAGUACGCGACCGAGAACUUUGACACUAACAUAGUGCACAUAUCGGCGUUUACAUGCGACCGCACCCUCUCCAAUGCCAACGGCGGUGAAUAG